AUGCGGCCCCGCCACCUACUAGCGGCCCCGCCACCUACCUGCGGCCCCGCCACCUACCUUUGCGGCCCCGCCGCCUCCUCUCAGCGGCCCCGCCGCCUCCUCCCAGCGGCCCCGGACGCCGCCCUCUCAGCGGCCCCGCCGAGCCGCCCAGCAGCCAAGCCGCCCAGCCGCCGAGCCGCCCAGCAGCCGAGCCGCCCAGCAGCCGAGCCGCCCAGCAGCCGAGCCGCCCAGCAGCCGAGCCGCCCAGCAGCCGAGCCGCCGAGCCGCCCAGCAGCCGAGCCGCCCAGCAGCCGAGCCGCCGAGCCGCCCAGCAACCGAGCCGCCGAGCCGCCCUACAGCCGAGCCACCCGAGCCGCCCUUGUCCUCGCUUUUGACGCUGAGGGUCGGGCCAUUGACUUUGACGUCUGGAUAGAUGACCUGCAGUUUUUCUUACAGUGCGACAGGGCAGACGGCCUCUCCCUCUUUGACCUCACUUCUGGUGCCUCUCCUGCCCCCGCUGCUGCUGCUGACGCCACUGUUCGCUCCCAGUGGGCCACGCGCGAUGCUGCUGCACGUCUUGCUGUGCGUCGCCACCUACCUACCUCUGAGCGUGCGCACUUUAGCCAGUACAAGAGUGCUCAGACCUUGUACGACGCUGUAGUUGCACGCUACUCCUCCCCUGCCACUGCUGCACUUAGCCGCCUCAUGCUACCGUACCUCUUCCCUGACCUUGCUGCCUUUCCCACAGUCGCUGACCUCAUUACGCACCUCCGCACUAGUGACACUCGCUACCGCGCUGCGCUUCCUGCAGAGUUCUGCGCCAAGAACCCCCCCCCCAUGUACAUCACCCUCUACUACAUAGUCACCCGGCUCCCUGACUCCCUUCGCGUAGUCAGGGACCACUUCCUCUCUGUUUGCCCCACCACUCUCACCGUUGACCUCCUCGAGAAGUCCCUCCUAGCAGCAGAGAAGAGCAUAGUAGCUGUAGGAGCCUCUCGUGGUGACCCUCGCACCCCCAUCUUUGAGGGGUGUUCCCCCUCCCCCCUUUUGCCCUCUGUUGCCUCUGCUGCUGCGGCCGACCUCGUUGGGCUUGAGUCGGGGCACUGGAGGAGCUAG